UUUGGAUUUCACCUGACAUAUUUUAAAAAAAUUUCCCAUCUUCCACUGAACUUUCACUGGGAUUUUCUUGUGUUGUCCCUCCAUUUUGCUCCCUGCAAGUACCAAUGGGGAUUUUCCAUUUUCUCUGCCUUCAGCUUCUUGUCACCCUCGUGUUCUUUGAACCAGCUUUGUCUGCUGAUGCAGAUGUUUACUCAGAGGCUCUUUUGAGUCUUAAAAAAGAGCUUGUUGAUGACCAGAACAGCUUGAGCGACUGGAUCUUGAGCCCUGGAGGGGAAACCUCACCAGAGAAAGUAACUGCAUGUUCUUGGUCCGGUGUUUCUUGCAAUGAAAACUCCACAUCAAUCUUGGGUCUUGAUCUAUCCAGGAAAGGCCUUGGUGGUGAAUUAUCUGGGAAGCAAUUCAGUGUCUUCAAAGAGGUGACUAUUCUAAACCUCAGUGCCAAUUCUUUCUCUGGGCAGCUUCCUGUGGGAAUUUUCAAUCUUUCUGGGCUGGCAACUCUAGAUAUCAGCAGAAACAACUUCUCUGGUCACUUCCCUAGCGGAGUCUCUGGUCUCAGAGACCUGGUAGUGCUUAAUGCAUUUAGCAACAGCUUUUCAGGCCCAGUGCCUGCUGAGCUCUCCCAGCUCGAACAUCUCAAGGUCCUUAACUUAGCCGGUAGUUACUUCAGUGGACCGAUUCCAUCUGAAUUCGGCUCGUUCAAGAGCCUCGAGUUCAUACACCUUGCUGGGAAUUCCCUGAGUGGGAAAAUCCCCCCAGAACUAGGGAAGCUCCAGACAGUGACUCAUAUGGAGAUUGGGUACAAUUCCUAUGAGGGAAGCAUCCCGUGGCAAUUGGGUAACAUAAGCGCGAUCGAAUAUCUAGAUAUCGCGGAUGCGAACCUAUCCGGGCUGAUCCCAAGUGAGCUCUCCAAUCUCACCAAGCUUCAGUCCCUUUUCCUCUUCAAGAAUAUGCUCACUGGAUUGAUUCCAGGAGAGUUCAGCAGAAUGAUCUCCCUCACUGACUUGGAUCUUUCGGUUAACCUGAUUUCGGGCCCAAUCCCCGAGAGCUUCUCGGAGCUGAAGAAUCUGAGGUUGCUGAGCCUGAUGUAUAAUGAGAUGAAUGGUACUGUUCCUGAAGGUAUUGCUGACCUUCCAUCACUUGAGACCCUCCUCAUAUGGAAUAAUUACUUCACCGGGUCACUUCCAAGCAGUUUGGGGAAGAACAUGAAGCUUAAGUACAUUGAUGUCUCCACCAACAGUCUGGUAGGUGCUGUUCCACCUGAUAUCUGCUCAGGAGGUGUUCUUAUCAAACUGAUCUUGUUUUCAAAUAAAUUUGCGGGCAGUCUUCCUCCGUCUCUCUCGAACUGUUCUUCCCUUGUUCGUCUUCGGCUGGAAGAUAAUUCAUUAUCAGGGGAGAUCUCUCUGACAUUUAGCCUUCUUCCUGACAUAACGUACAUAGAUAUAUCAAGGAACAAUUUUACUGGUGGAGUGCCUGCAGAAAUACACCAAGCUUCAAAACUCGAGUACUUCAACGUUUCCUACAACUCGAGGCUAGGAGGAUUCAUCCCAGAAGAGAUAUGGUCUUUGUCAUUUCUUCAGAAUUUCUCCGCCUCCUCUUGUAAUAUUUCGGGGAACGUUCCUUCAUUUGAUUCAUGUCAAUCACUUUCGGUCAUUGAGCUGAAUGGUAACAGUUUAUUCCAAUCACUCCCCAAAAGUGUUUCUAGAUGCCAGGCUCUUGAAAGGAUCGACUUGAGUAACAAUCACCUGACAGGCCUUCUACCCAAAGAGCUCGCAAGUCUCCCUACUUUAAGGGUUCUCGACCUGUCACACAAUAAUUUCACUGGUCCAAUACCAGCAAAACUUGGUGAUCUUUCGAGUUUGCAAUAUUUGAAUGUGUCUUACAACGAUUUCACCGGUUCAAUCCCCUCGGAGAAGGUGUUCAGGUCAAUGGAUGGAAGUGCCUUUGCUGGAAACGCGAGACUAUGUGGAGAACCUUUGAGGCAAUGUCCUGGUUCAGUGGCCACAGGGAGCAAAGGCACAGGCAAGCUUCUGCUGGUUCUGCUACUAUGUGUGGGAAUAGUUGCUUUAUUUGCAGCACUAGCUUUCGGGUUAUUUUAUUUCCGGAAAGGAAAUAAAGGCCAGUGGAAAAUGGUUUCCUUUGAUGGGCUUCCUCGAUUUACAGCUAAAGAUAUUCUGAAAAGCUUCAGCUCUGCAGAAUCCGUAGAAUCAACAACUUCGCUACCUGCCUUGGUAUGCAAAGCCGUUUUGCCCACAGGAAUCACUGUAUUUGUGAAAAAUAUGGAAUGGGAUGCCAAAAGAAUGAAGGCCAUGAUGGAAUAUAUCACGAGAAUGGGCAAUGCAAGGCAUGUGAAUUUGAUUAGGUUGCUAGGUUUCUGUUACAACAAACAGAUGGCCUAUCUGUUGUAUGAUUACCUGCCAAAUGGGAAUUUGGCUGAAAAGAUGAGAAUUAAGAGGGACUGGAGUGCCAAGUACAGAAUUGUGAUGGGUGUUGCAAGGGGCCUCUGUUUCCUCCACCAUGAUUGUUAUCCUGCUAUUCCCCAUGGAGACUUGAAGUCGAGUAAUGUGGUGUUUGAUGAGAAUAUGGAACCGCGUUUGACAGAGUUUGGACUCACUUAUCUGGUCCGGAUGAACAAGGGUUCAAUGGGAGGAACAGUUUCUAACCUGGAAGCAGAUAACAAUGCCAUACGGGAGCAGCUCCAAAUGGAUGUUUACAACUUUGGGGAGAUCAUUCUAGAAAUUUUGACGAACGGAAGGUCGGCAAAUGCGGUGGGAAGCAUACGGAGCAAGCCGAGGGAUGUUCUUGUGAGGGAAAUCCUCAUAGAGAAUGAGGUCGGUACCGAUCGCUCAUUGCAAGAGGAGAUAAAAUCAGUGCUUGAAGUCGCCAUGCUCUGCAUACAAAACAGGGCAUCUGACCGACCAUCCAUCAGCGAUGCACUGAAGCUCCUGUCAGUGUUGAAGCCACCAAGAAAGUGACGCCUGCACAGGAGUAAUACCAAUUCACCAUGAAAGUCUUGAGUGUUUUGUCAAAUAGCUAUUAUAGAAUACCUGAUUGCUUCUUAAUUUUCAGCAUGAAAGUGCUUGCUGUUCUAAAAGCCCCCAAACUAUAGUCUUGUGUAUUCCUAGAGAAUAGUACUGAGUGUCAUACUUCUUCCCCUCCCCUGCAUUAAGCAAAUGAAAUAUCUACCAAAUUUGGUGUUUCUCGCAAA